AUGGGUGAAAAUCGUCAGAAAGUUAAAUAUGUUCAGAGUUCCUUGAAGAUCAAUCUAAAUGACAACACUACUGUCGAAGAAUGCAACGAGCCUGUUGGUGCUGAAUGGGGAUUUGAUUUUUCUCCAUUUGAUUCUGUUGUGGAUGACCCUCAUGAUGAUGGCAAGUCUUUCAAAAGCCCGAUUGAUGUUAUUGGUUUUGUGGUUAAGUGUCUUCCGUCAGAGGAUAAAAGUGAACAUAAUAACGGCAAAGACGAGAAGAAGACUACUUUAUUUUGGAAGAUUUGCAGUACAUUCUUAUAUAGGAUUAGAAACCAUCAGAUUUACGUGACGUUAUGGGGUUGUUAUGCUGAUCAGAUUUUAGAAUUUGAGAAGAACCAUAAGGAUGAAAAGAAUGUUGUGGUCGUUGUUCAGUUUGGGAAGUACAGAUUUUGGGGAGGUAAUUUGUUUGUCUCCAAUUUGUAUAAUGUAACUCGAGUCUUCAUAAACUCUGAAGUAAAAGAGAUUUUGGAUUUCAAGAAAAGUUUCCUUGCUCAGCUUACUGUUUCAACGUCUUCCGGUUAUUCUGGAUUGAGUUCUUCUACUAUCAAGUCAAUGACUGAGGAAUAUCUAUCUGAUAAUGUUCUAAAUUAUCUACUAUGUAUACAACAAAAGUUUGUUAUUAUCCUGGGAACAAUUAAGAGCUUUGCUUCAGAAGACUCCUGGUUUUACAAUGCAUGUAAGAAUUGCAACAAAAAGGUUCUUUUCAACACUAUUUGCAAGGACAAGCAAGAUGGAAGUGAAGGAUAUGAUGAAGUAACUGUCUUGAAAUGUCAGCUUGAUCAUUGCAAUAAAAGGACUGUUGUGUCUGUUCCCAGGAUAAAAGUUCUAAUAUGUGUUCAGGAUUGUACCGGGAUUGUCACUUUGACGUUGUUUGAACGUGAAGUUGUUAAACUGUUAAAGGUUAACGCAAACCAGCUUUUAGAUAAAAACAUUGACUUAGCCAGUGAUGGUAACUUUCCCACAAAGCUGAAGGCAUUGUUAAAUCGGCGGUUUGCGUUUAAGAUAACCAUAGCUUCGUUUAACAUAAAAAACAAAUCAGAUGGCUACUCGGUGUCGAAGUUGACUGAAAAUCCUGCAAUCAUCACUGAUCUUGAUAGGCAUUUUGAUGAAUUCCAGCCUGCUGAUGAUGAACCUUUAAAUGUUGUUCCGUCUGAUUCAAAUGCAACUGUUAACUUUGAUGUUAAGGAUUCUGUAUCCCGUACUGGUGAUGAAGACACUCCGUUGUCUAAUGUGAACAAAAGCAUGUUUAGCACACCCUCUGCACUUGAGAUGAACUGUUCUGUGGAGAUGGUUGAGAAUGAACUUAAGCGUAAUUUGGAUGCCGUCUAUGGUGUGGAUUUAUGUUCUUCGCAGUCGUCAACUAAACCGCGUAAGAGUGAUGGUGAUAAAGAUGAAGAUGCGAAUGUGAAUGCAGGGCUUUUGAAGCCAAAGCUUGAAAAGUAG